AAACCAUAGCAACUUGAGGACGAGAGACAAAUUAAAUGGGGACGAUUCCUACACAACACAGGACAACCAUGACUUCGACAGCUUAAAGAUAUCAAGCUGACAUCGAACCCCUCCGUUACCCGUCUGGCUCGUCACUGUCGACUCUAACUCUGGGUUACCUCCUCUGCCCGUCGCCCUUGCAACAUGGAGAGCGUCCACUGCGUCACUGAAGGCUGACCCGAAAAGGAACAAGGCGCUCCAGAAGAUGUUCCCAAGUGGCCUUCUUGUGGACGCAGCAGCUGGCUCUCGGAGUGCUUUUUUAUGACUAGUAUUGUAUGCGUGUGUCUGUGGGCACAUCCUAGCAGCACAACCUGCCUAUUCUCCAGGCUGGGGGACGUGCUACUCUGAGACUGGAGCCGGAGCGACACGCAACGGAAAAAAGGAAGUGCAGCUCGUCAAAAGAGCUUUCUGAUAGACGCAAGGGGGGCACUUCGGCUGUAGUUUCAGCUUGUUCGAGUGUCUUCUGAACCAUUGCACAUUUUUAACAGCGACACCUUUCCUCUGUCUAGUGAGAUUUGUCUCCCUCCCCCUCCCUAAAAAGCAUCCUCUUCUGUCGUUGUUAUUGGAGCUUCUAUGGUUUGCAUGGCUGGAGAAUAACCGUGGAGAGGCCAGGGUAUCACAAGCUUAUGGAUUUUGAUAAGAGAGGGGGCAAGGGAGAGACAGAGGAAGGGAAAAAGAUGUCUAAGACAGCAGGCAGCAGGACUGGACAUGGGGGCCGGAGUUCAGGGACCAAUUCUGGAGUUCUUAUGGUUGGCCCAAACUUCCGCGUGGGUAAAAAAAUCGGCUGCGGGAACUUUGGAGAACUGCGGCUGGGAAAAAAUCUCUAUACUAACGAAUAUGUGGCCAUUAAAUUGGAACCUAUUAAAUCCAGGGCGCCACAGCUCCAUUUGGAGUAUAGAUUUUACAAACAGUUGGGAAAUUCAGAGGGAAUCCCACAGGUGUACUACUUUGGCCCUUGCGGGAAAUACAAUGCCAUGGUGCUGGAGCUGCUUGGACCCAGUCUAGAGGACCUGUUUGACCUCUGUGACCGCACCUUCUCCCUCAAGACCGUCCUCAUGAUAGCCAUACAGCUGAUUACACGGAUGGAGUACGUCCACACCAAGAGUCUGAUAUACAGAGAUGUGAAACCAGAAAACUUCCUGGUUGGGCGGCCAGGAAGCAAGAGGCAGCACACCAUCCACAUCAUCGACUUUGGUCUGGCCAAAGAAUACAUAGAUCCCGAGACCAAAAAACACAUCCCCUACCGGGAGCACAAGAGUUUGACUGGAACGGCACGAUACAUGAGCAUCAACACACACCUGGGAAAAGAGCAAAGUAGAAGGGAUGAUUUGGAGGCACUGGGUCACAUGUUCAUGUACUUCCUCCGAGGCAGCCUCCCGUGGCAGGGCCUAAAGGCGGACACUUUGAAGGAGAGGUAUCAGAAAAUUGGGGACACCAAACGAGCGACACCGAUUGAAGUGCUUUGUGAAAGCUUCCCUGAAGAGAUGGCCACCUACCUGCGCUAUGUGAGGAGGCUGGACUUCUUUGAGAAGCCUGAUUACGACUACUUGAGGAAGCUCUUCACUGAUCUGUUUGACAGGAACGGCUACGUCUUUGACUAUGAAUAUGACUGGGUCGGAAAAUCACUUCCCACACCAAUAGGUCCUAUCCCCAGUGACACGCCUGUGCAGCCCAGCAGCAGAGACAAAGCACAACAGCAGACCAAAAACCAGUCGCCUGAGCCGAAAGGAAGUGAGUCUCAGCCCACUCCCGUGACCAAUAAGGAGACUCUGGGGUCGCACCUCACAGCUGAGCGGCUGGGGGGCUCUGUUCAGGUGAUGAGCUCAACGAAUGGCGAGCUGAACACUGAUGAUCCCACAGCUGGACACUCCAACGCUCCCAUCACCGCUCCCACCGAGGUUGAAGUGGCUGACGAAACCAAGUGCUGUUGUUUCUUCAAAAGGAGAAAGAGGAAAGCCCUCCAGAGGCACAAGUGAAAGAAGAGAAUGGAGAGAACUUGAAACAUUGUGGUCACUGUCAAGUUUUAAAUGGAAGCAACUACACAGACCCCCCCCCCCGACCCUGCCUCCUGUCCCUAUCUCUGUCCAGCUUCCCCCUUCACCUCUUUACCCCUUCUCACUUUAUUUCCCCUGUCACUCUGUACCUCUCUCUCCCUCUCUCUCUCCCUCCCACUCACUCUCUCUCACCCUCUCUCUCUCUCUCUCUCUCUCUCUCUCUCUCUCUCUCUCUCUCUCUCUCUCUCUCUCUCUCUCUCUCUCUCUCUCUCUCUCUCUCUCUCUUGCUCUCUUUCUCAUUCUCAGUGCUCCCCGGCUACUGGCAAGUCUAAAGGAAUGUUGCGGUCCUACGGACUCCACAACAGACUCUUGAUUCCUUUACAGACAACAAAAAAUAAAUAAAUAAACGUACCUGCAUUACAACGGGGGGCUUGAGAAAAAGUUUUAAAAAGCUGUAACAAUGAAACUCGAAUACCGUGGCGUGAAUAUGAAAAAAAGAUGCUGUUUGAAACAGUUGUUGUAUCCUAGAUUCCAUAAAGAGCGCGUAUUGUUCCAACAGUCAGCUGUUGAUCAGGGGGAACCGUCAGUGGUUCGAGUGAAAGAAAUCUGCUCCUUUAGGAAAAAAAUGUUUAUUUUUCUUUUCUUUUUUCUUUUGGUGUGUGUUUUGGGAUCAAGGUAAAGAGGAAAAGGUGAACUAUGCUGAUGUUCAAUCUGAGAGACACAGGGAGCAUUUCAUCUAUAAAACAAGAACCUGGAGGAUUUUUAUGUAUUUUUUCUUUUCUUUUUUUUCAGUUUUUUUUCUCUUUUUUUGUAAUUGAAUCCUCAGUUUUUUCGAAUCCCUGCAUUGAAAACUUGUUUUUAUGUUGUAGUGUUUCUGGAGUUGAUUUUUUUCUUUUUUUUUUUUCUCCUCACUCUGGCUUUCUUUUUGUCUGUCAACGUGGACUUUGUAGCACAGUCACUGGCCUCAGGUACUGUGGAAGAUUGAGAGAAACAGAUAUUAAGCUCUCUUAUUAUUAUUAUUGCACUUUUGGAAAAAAAAAGAAAACAAUUACAGUGGUAACUUUAGGUUUGAAAUUAACAAUUAAGAAAACAACUUAAUAAAGACUGAUCUAGGAAGAGUCCUCACAACGCUUAUAUCUGAGUUAUGGCCGAGAAAUGUUGAUUUACAUGGGGGAGGGGAGGAUGGGGGUGGGGUGGGAUAUGUCUUUCAACUUUUAUUUCUUACAUCAAAAUAAUUUACCAGGAAAUCAUAGUUUGUGCCUUUCUAAGUAAAAUGUUUAAAGCUCAAGUGAGUGUCCCGCAAUGACAUUUUAUCUAAUCUGUCCCAAAUGCUCACUGGAUUACUGUGCAACUGUGUGUGUAUGUGUGUGUGCGCUUGCGUGUGUGUGUGUGUGCAAAUCUGCAUGUUUUUGUAAGUUGAACAUGUGUAUCGACUGUGUGUGCACAUCCCUCACUAUCACCAACACUAUAAGCAGUAUACAUUUAUCCCCCUGACCCUCUGCUGUGACAAUCAACACAUCUGUACAGUGGUGGUGUUUGGUUUGGAGAGAGAUCAGGAGUGUGUGUGUGUGUGUGUGUGUGUGUGUGUCUCAAAGAGAUCUAGCAGACAGCAACCCAAAUCUGUUUGAACCAUUGUUUCAUUUUUAUCAGGUCACAG